AUGGGUGUUUCAAGGCUUCGAUCUGCCUUCCGGCGAUCCUCAACUCAGGAGAGUGUGGUGCCAGUCGCCGUGACUGCAAAUGGCGAAAAGAACCAGGACAUCCCCCAGGAUGCUGAGUCCGCCAUGCCCGCGACCGCGGAGAACCCGGCGGUUCCCACUGAGGAUACCCAGCAGGGUGUCAAGGACCUCGAGGCCGUCACUCUCAGCUGGUCUAAGACUACACUGAUUCUGGUCUUUGCAAACAUUUGGUUCCUGUAUUUCGUCAAUGCCAUGCAACAAUCCAUCAACUACAGUUUGCUCGGCUUUGUUACUAGUGACUUUGAGAGCCACUCGCUACUGAACGUUAUCUAUAUUGUUGCAGACGCCAUGACAGCCGCAGUCUAUAUCCCCACUGCUAAGGUCAUGGAUGUCUGGGGCCGUGCUGAAGGUUUCCUGGUCAUGACCAUUUUCGCGACCCUCGGUCUUGUCCUCAUGGCUGCUUGCCACAAUCUUCCCACUUUCUGCGCGGCCUACGUGUUCUACAGCAUUGGUUUCGGAGGUAUGACCUACUGUGUGGAUGUCAUUACAGCCGAUGUUUCCAAGUUGAAGAACCGAGGUCUUGCUUACGCUUUCACCUCCUCGCCCUACAUUAUCACCGCUUUCGCCGGCCCCAAGGCCGCAGAGGGCUUCUACGAAGACAUCAGCUGGCGAUGGGCCUUCGGUGCUUUCUCUAUCAUCUUCCCCAUCGUGGCUUCCCCUCUCUAUGUCAUCCUGAAGGUCAACCUCAACAAGGCUAAGACCAAUGGACUUUACCAGAAGGAGUCCAGUGGCCGCAACAUGCUCGAGAGUAUUUGGCACUAUACCAAGGAGUUCGAUCUCCUUGGUGUCGUGAUUUUCUCGAUCGGUCUUGUUGUCUUCUUCCUCCCAUUCAGCAUUGCCUCCUCUGCCCCCAACGGCUGGGGUUCCGGUUAUAUCAUUGCCAUGAUUGUCGUCGGUUUUGUCAUGCUCGGCAUCUUUUUGGUUUGGGAGCUCCGCUUUGCCCCUACACCUUUGUUCGACUUCAGCAUCUUGUCAGACCGCACUGUCAUUGGCGCGUGUUUGCUUGACGCCACAUACCAGAUCUCGUACUACUGCUGGAACCACUACUACACUUCCUUCCUGCAGGUUGUCAACAACCUCUCCAUCUCCGAGGCUGGAUACGUCAGCAACACCUUCGAUGUGGUCUCCGGUGUUCUGUUGAUCGGUGUUGGAUUCUUGAUUCGUCGCACCGGCCGCUUCAAGUGGAUUCUCUAUAUUGCCGUUCCUCUGUACAUCUUCGCCCAGGGCCUGAUGAUCUACUUCCGUCGCCCCAACCAAUCCGUCGGAUACCUCGUUAUGUGUCAGAUCUUUAUCUCCAUCGGUGGAGCCGUCUUCAUCAUUGUCGAGCAACUUGCCAUUCUGGCCGCUGUCGACCACCAGCACGUUGCGACUGCUCUUGCCCUUCUCAACGUCGUUGGUACCGUUGGCGGUGCUGCUGGUUCCACCAUCUCCGGUGCCAUCUGGACCAACACCUUCUACGGAGCUCUCCAAGCCAGACUCCCCGAGUCUGCUUUGGCCAACAUCGAUACUAUCUACGAGUCCCUUGACGACCAGAUCAGCUACGCGAUCGGAUCUCCCACCAGACUCGCUAUCCAAAAUGCCUACGCCUACUCCCAGACAAGAAUGCUUGCGGCCGGAACUGGUAUUAUGGCUCUUUCCAUUAUCUGGGCUCUGAUGAUCCGCAACAUCGAUCUGAAGAAGGUUCCCCAGGUCAAGGGUACUGUCUUCUAA